AUGGCGCUGACACGGCGAACGAGCAGCUUUCUGAGCAUGCGAUCUGGCACGGCGACGAACAUCCUCACGGAGGUCAAGAUCAAGACGAAGAAAGCCCUCCACGAAGCGGAAAAAGUCUACUGCGAAUUUGACAUCAAUGUGGCCGACUUGCUUGCGCAACUGGCGCUGUACUGCAUGAUGGGCGGCGAGUACGACGAGGCAUUGCCGCUUCUCCAUCGAAAGCUUGUCAUCCAUGAAAAGUUUGGGCCCGACGAAUGCGUUGGUGACACACUGCAGCAACUUGGAACAGCUUAUCGUCUGUACGCGAACCACGCGUUGGCUGUGCAGCAUCUCGAGAAGGCGCUCGAUAGGCGGGAGAAGGCCGCCGUCGCAACCAGGUCGAGGAAAGAUCACGAAAAGGUAGCAGAAACACUGAACAGCUUGGCUCUUGUGCACCACAUCCAAGGAAACGCCGCCGUCGCAGACGCCUACCAUUCGAGAAGCGUCGAAACGUAUGCGAUGUGGGCAGGAGCCGACGACGGACAGAGUGAGGACAUUCCGUGGGAGGUCUUCAAGCGCGUACAAUCGGAGAAAAGCACCCCGACGAUGGCUCAAAACAGCAUGACGCUGCUCAAGACGAACCUGCGCAUGGCGAUACAGGACGUUGCGGUCCAUUGUUCAGUCAAGCCAUCAUCCUCCCACCCUGCAGAGAAACGUGUGUUCGGGUCGAUGCACGCUGGUAGCCACAUGAAUACCCGUGAACAUGACGGCAAGGCACUGAAUGCGCCGUUGGUCACGGCCCCAACACGUAUGCGGUCUCUGUCCGUUGGCUCGGCGCCUCUCUCCGACAACCGACUUGACCAAAUCCUCCACGAUUCGCCCAACCGUCGCAACCUGAGCCAUGCCGUCGGCUCGACACCCCCCUCCCACCGACAUCAACACCACAUCAGCGCCGACCACGUCCCAGCGGUGGCUGGAGCAUCCCAUCCACCGUUUGUUCGAGUCGAUCCUGCUCCAGCAGAUCGAUCCACUGUCCAUGAACCGAUCACGACGUUCCCGAUCCUCGUGCACCGCAUCGAAGGGGUAAAGCAUCUUGUCGCGGCUGGGCACGUCGUCGACGCGGACGUAAAUCGCCUCGCGUGUGAUAUUGCUUUGAUUGCCGCGGGGGAUUUGCGGCAAGUGGGGCUGUGCAUGCUCGGUCUGCUGCACGACUCGUUGAAACUCUCGCGGCAGCUCGACUGUCGUCAAUUGCCCGUCGUCGAAGGAUACCUCGAGAAGAAAAGCUCGUCGCUGUUUCGGGGAUGGGAGAAGCGGUGGUUCAAGGUCGACACCCGGACCGCCGUCAUGACGUACUUUCAUUCGAAAGAAGAUCACAUGCGCGGGUUUGCCCCGCGCGGCACGUUUGCGUUGGCGCGGAUUUCGCACAUUGUGACGCACCAGCACUUGCGCGGCAGCCACUACGCCUUUGACAUUGUUGUUGACAUGGGUACUCGAGCGAAUCCGCAUGCAUGCCGGACGUUCGAGCUGCGCAGUGACUCGGCGACGGAUCUCAAGAAUUGGGUGGACACCAUUGAAAAAUACAAAACCGCCACGGCCGCGCCAAAGGCGCCGGGCGCCUCGCCAUAG